UUCCUUUCCGUCUCUGGCCGGCUGGGCGCGGGCGACUGCUGGCGAGGCGCGUGGAACCUCGCGCUGGUUCCUUUGGUCUCCUCUCCCCGCCCGGGCCACUAGGGAGUCGGCUGACGCCGGGUGAGCUGAGCCUACCGCCAAGAUGCCGGCCUACUUCCAGAGGCCGGAAAAUGCCCUCAAACGCGCCAACGAAUUUCUUGAGGUUGGCAAAAAGCAACCUGCCCUGGAUGUUCUUUAUGAUGUUAUGAAAAGUAAGAAACAUAGAACAUGGCAAAAGAUACACGAGCCAAUUAUGUUGAAAUACUUGGAACUUUGUGUGGAUCUUCGUAAGAGCCACUUGGCUAAGGAAGGAUUAUAUCAGUAUAAAAACAUUUGUCAACAGGUGAACAUUAAAUCUUUAGAGGAUGUUGUUAGGGCAUAUUUGAAACUAGCAGAGGAAAAAACUGAAGCUGCUAAAGAAGAAUCCCAACAGAUGGUGCUAGAUAUUGAAGAUCUGGAUAAUAUUCAAACUCCUGAGAGUGUUCUCUUAAGUGCUGUGAGUGGGGAAGACACUCAGGAUCGUACUGACAGAUUACUUUUAACUCCCUGGGUUAAGUUCCUGUGGGAAUCGUAUAGACAAUGUUUGGACCUCCUUCGAAACAACUCUAGAGUAGAGCGCCUCUACCAUGACAUUGCCCAGCAAGCGUUCAAAUUUUGCCUCCAAUAUACUCGUAAGGCUGAAUUCCGCAAGCUUUGUGACAAUUUGAGAAUGCACUUAUCACAGAUUCAGCGCCACCAUAACCAAAGUACAGCAAUCAAUCUUAAUAAUCCAGAGAGCCAAUCUAUGCAUUUGGAAACAAGGCUUGUUCAGCUGGAUAGUGCUAUCAGCAUGGAACUAUGGCAGGAAGCAUUCAAAGCUGUGGAAGAUAUUCAUGGCCUAUUCUCCUUAUCUAAAAAGCCACCUAAACCUCAGUUGAUGGCAAAUUACUAUAACAAAGUCUCAACUGUGUUUUGGAAAUCUGGCAAUGCUCUUUUUCAUGCAUCUACGCUCCAUCGUCUUUAUCAUCUCUCUAGAGAAAUGAGAAAGAAUCUUACACAAGAUGAAAUGCAAAGAAUGUCUACCAGAGUCCUUUUGGCUACUCUUUCCAUCCCUAUUACUCCUGAACGAACUGAUAUUGCUCGACUUCUGGAUAUGGAUGGCAUUAUAGUUGAGAAACAGCGUCGCCUUGCCACACUGCUAGGUCUUCAAGCCCCACCAACGCGAAUUGGCCUUAUUAAUGAUAUGGUCAGGUUCAAUGUACUACAGUAUGUUGUUCCAGAAGUGAAGGACCUUUACAACUGGCUGGAAGUGGAAUUCAAUCCUCUAAAACUCUGUGAGAGAGUCACAAAGGUUCUUAAUUGGGUCAGGGAACAACCUGAAAAGGAACCAGAAUUACAACAAUAUGUUCCACAACUACAAAACAACACCAUACUUCGCCUUCUGCAGCAGGUGGCACAGAUUUAUCAGAGCAUUGAGUUUUCUCGUUUGACUUCUCUGGUUCCUUUUGUUGAUGCUUUCCAACUGGAACGGGCUAUUGUAGAUGCAGCCAGGCACUGUGACCUCCAGGUUCGUAUUGACCACACUUCUCGAACUCUGAGUUUUGGAUCUGACUUAAAUUAUGCUACUCGAGAGGAUGCACCAAUUGGUCCUCAUCUGCAGAGUAUGCCUUCAGAACAGAUAAGAAAUCAGCUCACAGCCAUGUCUUCAGUGCUUGCAAAAGCACUUGAAGUCAUCAAGCCAGCUCAUAUACUGCAAGAGAAAGAAGAACAACAUCAGUUGGCGGUUACUGCGUAUCUUAAAAAUUCAAGAAAAGAACAUCAGCGUAUCCUGGCUCGCCGGCAGACAAUUGAGGAAAGGAAAGAACGACUUGAGAGUCUGAAUAUUCAGCGUGAGAAAGAAGAACUAGAACAGAGGGAAGCUGAACUCCAGAAAGUACGGAAGGCUGAAGAAGAGAGGCUGCGGCAGGAGGCAAAGGAGAGAGAGAAGGAGCGGAUCUUACAAGAACAUGAACAAAUCAAAAAGAAAACUGUUCGAGAGCGUUUGGAACAGAUCAAGAAGACAGAGCUGGGUGCCAAAGCAUUCAAAGAUAUUGACAUUGAAGACCUUGAAGAAUUGGAUCCUGAUUUUAUCAUGGCUAAACAAGUUGAACAAUUGGAAAAAGAAAAGAAGGAACUUCAAGAACGUCUGAAAAAUCAGGAAAAGAAGAUUGAUUAUUUUGAAAGAGCUAAACGUUUGGAAGAAAUUCCUUUGAUAAAGAGUGCUUAUGAAGAACAGAGGAUUAAAGACAUGGAUCUGUGGGAACAACAAGAAGAAGAAAGAAUUACAACUAUGCAGCUAGAAAGAGAAAAGGCUCUUGAACAUAAGAAUCGAAUGUCACGAAUGUUGGAAGACAGAGAUUUAUUUGUGACUCGACUCAAAGCUGCCCGACAGUCUGUUUAUGAGGAAAAACUUAAACAGUUUGAAGAGCGAUUAGCAGAAGAAAGGCAUAAUCGCUUGGAGGAACGCAAGAGGGAACGGAAAGAAGAACGCAGAAUAACUUACUACAGAGAAAAGGAAGAAGAGGAACAGAGGAGGGCAGAAGAACAAAUGCUGAAAGAGCAAGAAGAGAGAGAACGUGCUGCACGGGCAAAACGAGAGGAAGAACUUCGAGAGUACCAAGAACGAGUCAAGAAACUAGAAGAAGUAGAAAGGAAAAAACGCCAGCGGGAGUUGGAAAUUGAAGAAAGAGAACGGCGUAGAGAAGAAGAGAGAAGACUGGGUGAUGACCCACUUUCUAGGAAGGACUCUCGCUGGGGGGAUAGAGACUCUGAGAGCACAUGGAGGAAAGCACCUGAAGCUGACUCUGAAUGGCGGAGAGGCCCACCGGAGAAGGAUUGGAGACGUGGAGAAGGUCGGGAUGAAGAGAGGCCUCAUAGAAGAGAUGAAGAUCGACCAAGGCGUGUGGGGGAUGAUGAAGAGAGAGAAUCUUCUGUCAGGCCAGAUGAUGACCGUAUACCUAGGCGUGGCCUGGAUGAUGACAGAGGCCCUAGACGUGGUCCUGAUGAAGACCGUUUCUCUCGACGUGGGGCAGAUGAUGACCGUCCUUCCUGGCGAAACACGGAUGAUGACAGGCCUCCACGACGAAUUGGUGAUGAUGACAGGGGAAGCUGGAGGCAUGGGGAUGAUGACAGGCCACCUAGACGAGGGCUGGAUGAUGACAGAGGAAGCUGGCGAGCAGCUGAUGAGGACAGAGGACCAAGACGGGGCAUGGAUGAGGACCGAGGGCCAAGGCGAGGAGUUGCUGAUGAUGAGCGAUCAUCCUGGCGUAGUACUGAUGAUGACCGGGGCCCCAGACGGAACGUGGAUGAUGACCGAGGUCCCAGGAGAGGUUUGGAUGAUGACCGAGGUCCCAGGAGAGGAUUGGAUGAUGACCGAGGACCCUGGAGGAAUGCUGAUGAUGAUAGAGUUUCCAGACGAGGUGCUGAAGAUGAUAGAGGGCCCUGGAGAAACAUGGAUGAUGAUCGGAUUCCCAGACGCGGUGAUGACUCAAGACCUGGUCCCUGGAGACCAUUUGUUAAACCAGGUGGAUGGAGAGAGAAAGAAAAAGCCAGAGAAGAGAGUUGGGGUCCACCUCGGGAUUCAAGACCAGCAGAAGAACGCGAAUGGGAUAGAGACAAGGAAAGGGACAGAGACAAUCAAGAUCGUGAGGAGAAUGACAAGGACAUUGAGCGAGAAAGGGAUAGAGAGAGAGAUGGGGAUCGUGAGGAUCGCUUCAGAAGACCCCCCAGGGAUGAAGGUGGCUGGAGAAGAGGACCGGCUGAAGAAUCUUCAAGCUGGAGAGAUUCAAGUCGCCGCGAUGAGAGGGAUAGGGAUGACCGUCGGCGUGACCGAGAUGAUAGGCGUGAUCUAAGAGAAAGACGAGAUCUAAGAGAUGACCGAGAGCGGAGAGGACCACCCCUCAGAUCAGAGCGAGAGGAAGUAAGUUCUUGGAGACGUUCUGAUGACAGGAAAGAUGACCGGGGAGAAGAGCGAGAUCCACCCCGUCGUGUUCCUCCCCCAGCUCUAACUAGAGAUCGAGAAAGAGACCGGGAUCGUGAAAGGGAAGGUGAUAAAGAAAAGGCCUCUUGGAGAGCUGAGAAAGAUAAGGAGUCUCUUCGUCGUACUAAAAAUGAGACUGAUGAGGAUGGAUGGACCACAGUACGACGUUAAGUCUCAAGAUAAUGGAUUCGAACUUGUGUUUUACAUAGGUUUAACCACAUUCAAGGAUUAUUAUACUUGUGCUUCAGCCAGUCUAAAUUGGAUUCUUUAAUGUUGUCUCACCAUAACACACACAAAAAAGCAUGAACUUGUAUUAUUAACCCUAUAUAACAGAAUGAUCAUGCACCGUAUCCACAGAGGGUUGGGAAACCAUGCCAUUUUCUGGAAUUUAAGGUGUUGCAUUAUUUCAUCAAUCAUUUGUUUACAAAAAAGAAAAAAACAAAAAAAAUAAAAAAUGUGAACCCUUCAGGUAUUGAGGAAUACCUGUUAUCUUGGUAUACAAUUGAUCUUUUUUUUUCUUUUGAUUUUGAAAUAUCUGGUAUUAAUUUGGAAUAAGGUAAGAUUCUGUUAAGAUGUAUUUGGAAAUCCUUUAAGCCAGUGGAUCUGGAAGUUGACACACGGAUACUGGAACAUGUACUUCUAGGCAUUUUGAAGUACUGUUUUUAGGAUCAGAGAAAUGCAGUAAACAUUGCAUGGCUACAGUGGGAUUUUCGUAGCUUUGAGGAGGUGAGUAUGAGGUAAUUUGCAGUCAUUGUCAUGACCUGACAUACUGCUGCUCUGUGGGAGUCCAGCAUAGUAUGGCUUCUCAGUUCUAUAAGAUUUGCUAAAUUGUCGCUGAGGUAUUUUUUUUUCUGUUGCCAAUAGCAAACUGCUUUUCCAUUAAUGGAGAAUUCAUGCCUUUUUAAGCAUUUAAAAUAUGAUAUUUAUAAAUGUGUGGUUUGGAGGAAUUGUUUAAAUUCUGUUUCCUAAUUUUCUUUCUCUUCAGGAUAGAGUCAACAAGUAAUUUGUAGUAAUGACUGUGUUGCCUUCAAUUUUGGAGUGCAGUAGUGAUGUUUAAGAUUAACUAUCUGGUCUUAUUGAAGCCAACACAGAACUUGCUGCUGUGUUUUUCUUUUUUCUUCAAUGAUAAAUAAAAUACUUACAGAAUUUG